GUUAGUUAUAUAAGAAGUAAUUUGCCUAUAGAAAUAGAGAAUUCUAAAUACAGUAAUAAAUAUAUUUUUCAGGCUCAAAUAUCCAAUUGGAAGCGCCUUCUUCCGACGACUUGGCUUUGAUCAUGUACACCAGCGGAUCCACUGCCGAACCCAAAGGAGUGUUGAUUACUCACAAGUGUAUACUGAAUUGUUCUCAAGGGUUAUACGAUAUAUUUAAUCCCAUGUUUGACAAAGACAGCGUUCAUCUGGCGUAUCUUCCCUUGGCUCAUAUCUACGAAGUGAUGUGUGAGAUAUUGUUCUUGGGAAUGGGAGUUGGCAUCGGUUAUUCUUCUUCGCUUACCAUGUCGGAUAAGUCUCCGGGGAUCGAAACGGGUACCUGUAAAGGAGAUAUCAGUGUACUCAGACCAACUUACAUGAGUUGUGUUCCUUUAGUACUAGACAGAAUUCGAAAGUCGAUAUUAGAAGCGGUGGAUGCCAAGGGAACAAUCUUCCGAAUCUUCUUCAAUUUCGCCAUUAAAUACAAGUCUUUUUGGAAGAAGAAUGGCUUCCAGACUCCUAUCUUAAACAGAUUGUUAUUCGACCGUCUUCGGACAAUAGUGGGAGGACGAUUAAAGCUUCUCACUGUGGGAGGAGCACCUCUCUCCCCCGAGACGCAACUUUUCAUAGAAACUUCUCUGGAUGCUCGCCUUCUUGCGGCGUACGGAAUGACCGAGAUAGCAGGAGCCUGUACCUUGACAGAUUUGGACGACUACAGUAUUGGAAGAGUGGGUGGUCCUGUGUGCACCUCUAUACUCCCUCUGGUCGAAUGGGAAGAUGGCAAUUAUUAUCCUACCGACAAACCUUAUCCUCGAGGAGAAUUGCUGGUUGGUGGAAAAUGUCUCUCGAACGGAUAUUUCAAGAAAGACGAACUGACUCAAGAAAGCUUUCGAGAAGAAAACGGAAUGAGAUGGUUCUACACGGGUGACAUCGUCGAAAUCCAUCCCGACGGUUGCAUCAAAGUCAUAGAUAGAAAAAAGGAUUUGAUAAAGCUGCAGUACGGGGAGUACGUACCGUUGGGCAAAGUAGAGAGCGUGCUGAAGACGUGUCCUCUGAUGGAUAACAUCUGUGUUUUUGGCAACGGUUUCAAAGAUUACGUUGUGGCUCUGAUGGUUCCCAAUAGAGUUCAGUUAGAACUUUUGGCUAAAGAAUUAGGCAAGGAAAGAAUGGACAUCCAAAGUCUUUGCGCCGACGAAGAAAUGAACGAAUGUGCCACCAAAAUCGUGCAGAAACACGGAAAAAGCUGCAAUUUGAUGAGGAAAGAAAUUCCUAAAUACGUCAAACUCUGUUCCGAAGAAUGGUUACCAGAAAGUGGUUUCGUCACGGGAGCGUUGAAAGUUCGACGAAAGGUCAUCCAAAAUUUUUAUAAAGAAACUCUGGAGAAUUUGAUGAAAAAGAAUUAAGGUGAAGAAGUGUUUCCAAGAAGUUGUUGUCAUUAUAAACUGAAAAUUUGUCUAUUGAAAUUAACGGCGAUUACUUAAAAAUGUUAAAAUAGGGGACAAAUUGACAAUGAAGCACACCAUAAGUAAAAUUAUAACAUACA